AGCUGCUCAGCGCGGGCGGGAGAGUUACCCCCGGGGGCCUCCGAGCUGCUCUGUCCCGCCCUGCGCUGCGUCUCCAGGGGGAACGAGACACCUGUCCUGGGCUCCCUGCUGCCCCUCCCCCAGCUGAGCCAGACAUCACAGAUGGCGGAGCAAGUUUCUGAGGAAGAGGAGCAGCAGCACCGGGUGCCUCUGUUGGUGACCCCCGUGCCUGAGGUUCUGGGAGAUGUCCUGAGCGAGCAGUUUGGCCCCCUCCCUUUCAUGGCAGCCAUCACGAGGAUGAAGAGGCAGCCCUCUGGGCACUACCUCUCCACCGAGAACCUGGAGGAGGUCUUGGAGAGGAGACAGGCGGCUAACGCCAAGGAGAGAGAGAGGAUAAAAAACUUGAACAGUGGCUUCUCAAAGCUGAAGACCAUCGUGCCGCUGAUACCUAAAGACCGGAAGCCUAGUAAGGUCGACACCCUUAAAGCAGCCACUGAAUAUAUACGCCUGCUCCACUUGAUUUUGGAAGAAACUGGAGGCUUUGAGAAAUUGGAAGACCCUGUUGAUCAGGAGUUAGCCAGCAGCGUGUCCAUGCCAGUCUCCUUAGAGGAAGGCUUUGGGGGAAGUGCCCUGCCACAGAGCGCCGGCUGUUAUAUCAGGACUGAAAACGACAUGAGCGUAGCUUGGACAAGCAAUGUAGUGGAGAACCCUGUAUACGUUUGGGGCCGGAGCAUCCUUCCUUCUUACUUGGGGAUCGUACAAAUCCAGAAGAAUGGAAGGCUGGUGUAUCAAACAAAUCACUAAAAUGGCAAGCUCUCCUGACUAGUCUGAAGUACCAAACACUAUGGAUACGUGGAUGAUCUUCUUUUCAAGUGAGAUUUAAUGAAAACUUGAGUUUCCCCGAAUGGGUGUUGUGUUUUUUGUUUUGCUUUACAAAAACUUUAUUUUAAAAAAUAAUCAAUAAACUACCAGA